GGGGUUUUUUUUUUGGGUACCCUUUAAAGGAAAAUGAUUUCUAAAGGGAAUAUAGUUUGGUGUGACUUCAAACUUAAUUAUUGUUAUCGAGGAGCUAUCAGUAAAGGACAGGACUUUCCGUGAAUUUGAAGGCUUUUCUGUUUGCUUUAUUUUAUUGAUUUAUAUUUCUAUUUAAAAUUCAUCGUUUGGUAGAAGUUUCGGUUUUGGGAGUUCUGUUGAGGAGAGGGGGACUAUAAAUAAUGGGUUCUGAUAACUAAGCUACUUGGAUCCAAAGGGUAUUUGGGGUUUUGGGUUAUCAUCCUCUGAAGCUUAUUUUCAGGUGUUUGACUUCUAGAGAAGAUCUAAGAAUAUGGCGAACAAUUCCUCCAAUGGGGUGCACCAGACCACAACAAAGUCUCCUCCAUUGCCAUCCCCUUUGCGUUUUUCCAAGUUUUUUCAGUCCAAUAUGAGAAUUUUGGUUACCGGGGGAGCUGGAUUCAUUGGUUCUCACCUGGUUGACAGAUUAAUGGAAAAUGAAAAGAAUGAGGUUAUUGUUGUUGACAACUACUUCACUGGCUCCAAGGACAAUCUGAAAAAAUGGAUUGGUCAUCCCAGAUUUGAGCUAAUUCGUCAUGACGUCACAGAGACAUUGUUGGUCGAAGUUGAUCGAAUUUACCAUCUUGCUUGCCCAGCUUCUCCAAUUUUCUAUAAAUACAAUCCUGUAAAGACGAUAAAAACAAAUGUGAUUGGCACGCUGAACAUGCUUGGACUUGCCAAGCGAGUUGGAGCAAGGAUUUUGCUGACAUCAACUUCAGAGGUAUAUGGAGAUCCUCUUGUGCAUCCACAACCUGAAAGCUAUUGGGGUAAUGUUAACCCAAUUGGAGUAAGGAGCUGCUAUGAUGAGGGGAAGCGUGUUGCUGAGACCUUGAUGUUCGACUAUCAUAGGCAGCAUGGGAUAGAAAUACGUAUUGCCAGAAUCUUCAACACGUAUGGCCCUCGCAUGAAUAUUGAUGAUGGGCGUGUAGUCAGCAAUUUUAUAGCCCAAGCACUUCGUGAUGAACCCUUGACAGUCCAAAAUCCUGGGACUCAAACUCGCAGUUUCUGUUAUGUCUCUGACAUGGUUGAUGGCCUCAUUCGUCUCAUGGAAGGAGAGCACACUGGACCCAUAAACAUUGGAAACCCAGGUGAAUUUACAAUGCUUGAACUUGCAGAGACAGUGAAGGAGCUCAUCAACCCUGGGGUGGAGAUAAAGAGGGUAGAGAACACUCCUGAUGAUCCAAGACAGCGGAAACCCGACAUUACAAAGGCAAAAGAAUUGCUGGGUUGGGAGCCAAAGAUCAAGUUACGGGAAGGCCUGCCUCUCAUGGAGGAGGAUUUCCGCUUGAGGCUGGGAGCAGCAAAAAAGAAUUGAUUGUCUAUAUUGCUGGAAAUAUAGGUGAGCGAGCGCAGUUUGUUAUUUCCGUCCUGGAAUAUAUGUUUGGCGACGCUGGAGUAUGCUCGUCUGCAAUGAUUCAUGUGACCACAUUGUGACGAGCAAUGAUUCAUGUGACCACAUUGUGCUUCCUUGUUCUUUCUAUUUCAUUGUGUUAUAAUAGAAAAAUAAGAACUGGUGCUUGUUAAAAGGUUUUCUACCUUUUUCAUUCCUUUCCAAAGUGAGUGCUAAGAUGCCAAGGGGAAUCCUUCAAAAUGUGGCAUUUAGUGCCGUUUCGUAGUUAAGAUUGUCCUCAGCUGAGUGUGCUACUUGGAACCCCCAGUUUUGGUCAUCAAUAAUUCAAUUUAAUUUUUAUUCCAU